AUGACGGUGACAGAAGCAUCAUAUACUCGACUUUGUGAAACGAAGAAUAUUUUGACGGUAAACGGGCAAUUUCCGGGACCAACACUAUAUGCUUAUGAAGGAGAUACGGUUUAUGUGAAGGUCUAUAACCGUGCAAGAGAAAAUAUCACCAUCCACUGGCACGGAGUAAAGCAACCCAGGAAUCCAUGGUCCGAUGGUCCUGAAUAUAUCACACAAUGCCCAAUUCAACCCGGCGAUACGUUUAACUACAAGAUCAUAUUUUCGAUGGAGUUCGGGACGCUUUGGUGGCACGCUCAUAGCGAUUGGUCUAGAGCAACGGUCCAUGGCGCUAUUGUAGUGUAUCCCAAGCAUGGCCCAUCGUCGUAUCCCUUCCCCAGGCCUGAUCAAGAAGUGCCCAUAAUUUUCGGCGAAUGGUGGAAGGAAGAUGUAAUGGAAGUAUUGAGGGAAUUUGUCGAAUCAGGUGGGGCACCUAGAAACUCUGAUGCGUAUACGAUCAAUGGUCAGCCUGGUGAUCUUUACCCGUGCUCGAGUCAAGGGAUGUUCAACUUAAAUGUGAAAUAUGGCAAGAGAUAUCUUUUGCGUAUGGUAAAUGCAGCGAUGAACGAAAUCUUGUUUUUCGCGAUCGCUAAUCAUUCGUUAACCGUUGUCGGAGCUGAUGGCAGCUACACCAAGCCAUUUACGAACGAAUACGUAGUCAUCUCCCCUGGCCAAACACUUGAUUGCUUGUUAGAAGCGAACCAAGUUCUACCAAGAAGCCACUACUACAUGGCAGCCAGACCGUAUUCUCCCACCACCAGUAUUCCUCUCGAUAACACCACCACUACCGGAGUUGUUCGUUACGACAAUGAUGAUGACGAUGACAUUUCAAUGACUAUAUUUCCGUCCCUACCUUUUUACAACGAUACCAUCGCUGCUUUCGAAUUUCUUGGUGGCCUCAGGAGCUUGAACCCCCCCUUAUUCCCGUUAACUUCUUACGAUACGCAAAUCCUUUCCACCGUUUCCGUAAACACAUUCCCGUGUCGUAAUAAUUCCUGUAGCGGGCCGAACGGUACACGAUUUGCGGCUAGUAUGAACAACAUUAGUUUCGUAUUUCCGUCCACAAUUGACAUACUUGAAGCAUACUACUAUCACAUCAACGGCGUGUUUGGCACACGCUUUCCUAGCGUCCCUCCGUUCAUCUACAACUUUACCUCCACCGAUUUACCGGCGAUCCUACUGACACCCGAGUGGGGAACGGAGGUAAGGGUGAUCGAAUAUAACUCAAUCGUACGAGUCGUUUUUCAAGGGACCAACUUGGUCGUGGGACUUGAUCAUCCUAUGCAUUUGCACGGAUUCAAUUUCUAUAUCCUCGGAUGGGGAUUUGGUAACUUCGACAAAGACAACGACCCGUUAAACUAUAACCUCGUUGAUCCUCCAUUCCGAAACACCGUUCUCGUUCCGGUAAACGGAUGGGCUGCGAUUGCGUUCAAGGCUCAUAACCCCGGAGUAUGGUUUCUACACUGUCAUUUGGAACGUCACUUGACAUGGGGGAUGGAUACAGUGUUCAUCGUGAAGGACGGAAAAAGGAUCGAAGAACGCAUCCUACCACCACCCAAUCACAUGCCGCCAUGUGUGCUUUAA